AGCGGAAACAAUAAAACAUGAACAAGAGGAAACCAGCAUGAGCAGACAUCCUUUUGCCACCGAAGAUAAGGAUUAAAAAGUUAGGGGGAGCGGUGCGACAUGCACGGAAAUCUCAAUUUCUUAAAUCUCUGUAGUGAAUUUCAGAAGGAAUUUGCUUUUAACAUCUCUAUUGAUUGUCUUCUGUGAAUCAAAUUCACGUUUUUUUCUCCUUUUUUCCUUCUGAUUUCAUCAUCUUCUAUCUAAACUACUAGUGCCGUUUCUGCGAUCAUCAAGAUGAAGUGUUUGAGGGAAUUUCCUCACACUUAUAGAGAUCUUCGUCUUAGUUGCAGACGAACGUUAUCUCUUGGCAUCCAUCAGGUAUCAGAGGUUUGCGACAGUUGAUCAUUUCAUCCAACCCAGUACUUGGGAUCUGGCUCUGUGCUUUCCUUGUCAUUGGCUGGGUCUGAAGUAGCUCAAACAUCAGCGGGUUUCUUUCUAAUUGAUGAAAAAAAAAUUCCUACUCACCAUCAAAUGCUUGACUGAGUAAUUAUAUGACACACUCAAUCUAAAUGGAGAAUUGGGAAUUUAUUCCUCAUUGUUAUAAAAGGUGAAGUUGGUGGCCGUGUUUCUCCUUUUUCUCUAAAUAAAGUGGUGUCAAUGGAAAAUAGAUGAUCAAUUUGUAAUAGAGUUUUGUCGAUUCUUCUGGCAAAGUCACUUGAUCAAGUGAAAAAGAGAAGUAAGGAACUGUGGAUUUUAGAUGGUUUUCAAGAGUUUGUGGACAGCGGGAAGAGAGCAUUAGAAUUCUGGUGCUGUAAUUUCACACGACCCAGAUCUCUUAUACCCAGCUUAGUCCGGGCACUGCAAGCUUGCAGUGCCCAUGGCUGCAACAGGGGGUGGAACCCCAUCCAUUCAAUACCAUAACAUUGUUGAACAACCUGUCGCUGCUAUUGUUUCCCCUCCAUUACCUGCAUUUCAGUGCCACCAACGUCAUUGCUUUGGGGAAUCCAUUCCUGGAGAGUUCCCUUUGGCUGCCAACCCUUCUAUCGUUCUCCAUUUCCUCACAGGUUGUAAUAUGGACCCUCGAGAUCUUGCAAAACUUGAGACAACAUGUGCUUUCUUCAGGCGACCAGCACAUUUCCCCCCUGAUUUUGGCCUAUCUAUAUCGGAGUUGGCUGCUCUUGAUAUGUGCCACAAGAGGGCCAUAUUUAAGCCAAUGACAGCAGAAGAGCGAGAUCUUCUGAAGCAUAGAUGUGGGGGUUCGUGGAAGCUGGUCUUAAGAUUUCUGCUGGCUGGAGAAGCAUGUAGCAGGAGGGAGAAAUCACAUGCAAUAGCAGGCCCAGGUCAUAGCAUUGCUGUAACAUCAAAAGGUGCAGUGUAUUCUUUUGGGUCCAACAACACAGGCCAGCUUGGGCAUGGCACAUUGGAAGAGGAAUGGCGGCCUCGGCAAAUCAGAUGCUUGCAAGGAAUUCGAAUUAUUCAAGCUACAGUUGGGGUUGGUAGGACAAUGCUGAUAAGUGAUGUUGGGAGGGUGUAUGCAUUUGGAAAGGAUUCCGAUGGAGACAUUGAAUCGGGAGGAGAAGGAACUAGAUUAGUUACUACCCCACAACUUGUUGAGUCCUUAAAGGACAUAUUUGUCGUUCAGGCUGCGAUUGCAAAUUUCUUCACAGCUGUUCUCUCUAGAGAGGGCAGAGUCUAUACAAUAUCUUGGGGCAAUGAUGCCAAACUUGGUCAUCAAACAGAACAAAAUGAUCAAGAGCCACAUCCUCUGUUGGGGCCUCUGGAGAACAUACCUGUGGUGCAAAUUGCGGCUGGGUAUUGUUACCUCCUAGCUCUAGCUUGUCAACCUAGUGGCAUGUCUGUAUACUCUGUGGGGUGCGGUUUAGGGGGAAAGCUUGGUCAUGGCUCAAGGACAGAUGAGAGGUACCCUCGAUUGAUUGAACAAUUCCAGGUUCUUAAUCUUCAACCAGUAGUGGUUGCAGCUGGUGCUUGGCAUGCUGCUGUAGUGGGCCAGGAUGGACGAGUCUGCACUUGGGGUUGGGGGCGUUAUGGAUGUUUGGGUCAUGGGAAUGAAGAGUGUGAAUUGGUUCCAAAGGUUGUGGAAGGUUUAAAUAAUGUGAAAGCUGUUCAUGUUGCGACGGGGGACUACACAACUUUUGUGGUGUGUGAAAGUGGUGAUGUGUACUCAUUUGGAUGUGGCGAAUCAUCUAGUCUCGGACACAAUAUUUUGCCUGAUGGACAGGGAAAUAGGCAUACAAAUGUGUUGAACCCAGAGCUGGUGAUGUCACUGAAGCAGGUGAAGGAGCGAGUUGUACAAAUCAGCCUCACCAAUGCUGUUUAUUGGAAUGCCCAUACUUUUGCACUAACCGAAUCAGGAAAGUUGUAUGCAUUUGGUUCAGGUGACAAAGGGCAGCUGGGUGUAGAACUUGACCAGAGUGAGAGGGGGAAUCCAGAGUGUGUUGAUAUUGAUCUUAGUUAACAAUUAAUGACUUCAUCCUCUUCCUCACUGCCACCCUCUUGAGUAGUUUCUGACUUAUUCUCAUCACUAUCGUCAUCGUCAUCAUUGAUACAACUGGUUUAGUGUUCAGAUUUACUUGUUUAUUCUGUAUAUAGAAAGAACUAAACGUUACAUCUGUUUAUUUUUGUAUAUAGAAAAGGAAACUAUUUUUUA